UGAUCAGCCGCCCACUUCUCGUGUUUCAUUUCCGUGUCUUGAGUACCUGCUGUAUGCCCGUGUUUCAGGAGCAGAGUGAUUUUAGUCAGCUGGACCUGGGGACUACAGACCUAUGGCUCUAGAGAAUCUGAAGUGAUAGCCCAAAGCCAGUCUCCCUGGAGGGGAGGAAGAUGGACGACGAGCCGGAUGAAAGAGCCGGGUCCCCCAGCUGUCUCUCCUUGAAGAGUGACAGGUCAAUGCCUGAACCGGUCAAUUUUAAAUGUCAGGAGACUGUCCCACUACAAGACUGCAGCACUGGGAUGAAUACCACAGAAGACGGAAAAGCAGAGUCUUUAAAGAGCAAUGAUUCUAUGGAUAUUCCUCCAAAUGUUCAGCAAGAUCAUGGCAGAGAGGAAGAAUGGCAAAGCCGGAACUUGAGUCCAGAUAAAUUACAGUCGAAUGUUAGAGGGGCAGAGGGAAACCCGAAAGCGCUUGAUGGACUACCACAACAUAUGGAGGAUUGGACUAAGGAGCAUGUGAAAGAGUGGCUGACUUUUCUUAAGGUCCAACAGAAGAUUGUGAUUUGUCUCUAUGAACAAGAGUUGUCCGGGUCUUGUUUGGUCUGCUAUGAAAAAAAAGACCUAUUCGAUUUAGGUGUCUCGCCAGCACCGGCCAUUCAAAUCCUACGUCAGGUAAAGAUGUUUAGGAGCCAGACAGAUAUGAUCCAUGUCCAUGGACCAAAGCAUCACAGUCCAGUGAUGCAGAAAGCGAGAAAUGGGCAAUCAGCAGCUCUGGAUUCAAAUGAAGAUGUUGAAACUGUGUUUUCAGACAGUGGAUUCUCAAGCCAAUCUCCAUCAAUGCGGCUAGUAGAGGAACAUAUUGAGCUAGAUCAAUCCAGAGGAGCUGGGCAGACGAUGGAUAACAAGACAAUUUUCCAAGAUAUGAUUGGGAAUUCAUCCAAAAACUCUGCAACUGGUUCCAACUUGGUGACUAGAAUAUGUCCAACACGGCCCUUUGACAACAUAGACCAAUCCUUCUUUUACAAAGAGAAUGACGAACUUCCUCCUGAAAUGGCUCCGGGCAAUCUACUGGACCCUGUGCAUGAGUACCACAUGCUACCCAGCGUAAAAGAGCUCUCUGAAAAAGAGGUGCUUCAUGAAUUCAUACAGGGAGUGUUCAUUUUUGCUGCAGGGUGCAUGAAUUCUCGUACAAAUGGCACUAUUCAUUUUGGAGUGAAAAAACAGCCUGGAAAAGCAUGUGGACAAGUUAUUGGGCAACAAAUAAUUUCAGACAGUAAGUUGAUGGAGAAAUUUGAAUUGUGCCUAAAUGAGUACUUCGAGGAGGAACACUUAAAUGUUGCAAGAACAUGCAUAAGGCCACCUCAGUUCUCUCAGAUUCUGGGUCAUGAUGGAACAAGCUUAAAUAAGUGGGUAAUUGAGGUUGAUGUCAUUCCAUCAUAUUCUAUAACACAAGAAAAUGUUUUCUACACUUCCCUGAAAACAGCGUCAGCAGGAGAGGAAACACAUCAAUGUAAAACACAAUGUCUGUUUGUUCGUGAGGGCCCAGUAGCCAUCAAUAUUUUGGCAGAUCCUAAUCCCAGAGUCACACAAGAGAAAAUAAGAAGCAUAACUGACAAAGUCAAGGUGUGGGCCCUAGCACGCAAAUCAGCAGAAGAGAGGAAUAAAAGACCACCCUCACAAGGCCAUCAGGGGCAAAAGCUUAAACGACUGAUAAUGUGCGGAAGAGAUACAUUCGACGACUUCCAGCUCAUCGUUGUUACCGACAAAUGUCCCUCAAACCAGCUAGAGAACCUCACCUUUCUGAAAGAAAUGGAUCCCUUUGCAGUGCUGGAAUUUGACCCAGAGUCAGACAUAAAUGGAACGUGUAGUUUUUACCGCAAGGAUUGCAUUGAUAACCUUCACUACCCAUCCAUGUACACUACUGGAGAAAGUAAUUCAUCUGUCAUUGGAAAGCUCAACCUCUUUAAGCAAACAAGCUGGGUGUUCUGCAAUGGAAGGGUAAAUGAGGAAAGUAUGGCUAAUAAACCAUUAGAACCCAGAGAUUGGCUUAAGAAACGUUGCAGGGAAAUCAACAACAUGAUUUCAUUCCUCUGUAAUCCAGAUCUGUUUUCUAAAGAUGGAUUACUGGUUUUCUUCAUUCUACACUCAGCAGUAACUGACAUCUCAAGCCCGAUUAUGGAGGCAUUUUGUGCAAUCUAUCGCACAUUGGAAGGCAGCGAUCAUAUGCUGUGCCUAUGCAAAGACUUUGAUGUCUUCAAGCAAUGGAGGCAACUUAUUGAGACACGUUGCAAAGUGGAUAUCACUAAUAAAUGCAUACAUGAACUGAGCCUGAAUGAAGUUAACUGUACCAUCCACAAGCUGAAAGGACCUCAUACCCUGUCUGUUGAGAGAUACCUGCCAUCCACUGGUUCUAGCUCAGUCAUCUUGAGCAGAAAAGAGGAGGAGAUGAUGACAGUGUUGGAUAUAUUGAGUGAAAAUGAAUGUGAGAACACAGAAAUUGAGACAGCUGAGACAUUUGGCGAGUUUAAAAGGAAAACUGAAGAGAACUUUUACAGAGGCGGACGAGUCACAUGGUGGGACUUUUACCUCUCAGAGAGGCCAGGAUGCCUGCCAUUCAUCAAACGAGACAAAUACAAGGAUCUUUAUGAGCUGAUCACUUUCCCAGAGAGCUCGACAUCCCCAUGUGUUAUGGUUAAUCUCUUUCAUCACCCGGGCUGUGGGGGAACAACUCUCGCAAUGCAUGUUCUCUGGAAUUUGAGGAAUAAAUUCCGAUGUGCUGUUGUGAAUAACAGUAUGGCACUGAACAACGAGGUAGCAGUCCAAGUAAAGAAGCUUUUGACAUGUGGAAACCAGGACCAAUCAGCCUACACACCUGUUCUGCUGUUGGUGGACAACUGGAAUGAUAUAGGGGAUCUAAAACAGUCCAUGCUCAAUGUCCUUGAAAGAAAUCCACAAAAUACUCCAAAGAUCAUAGUACUGAAUUGUGAAAGAUCCCAGUUCCCCAGAGAGUGCUCUAGAAAAAGCUAUUUUGGGAAUGUGUUUAUCACAAACAAAUUGUCCGUAAAGGAGCAGAGUUUGUUUUCUGAAAAACUUAAACAACUCAAGGAUCACCACAUGAAACCUGAAACAUUUUAUGCUUUCAUGAUUAUGACCAAGAAUUUCAGUGAGACCUAUAUCACAAAUUUGGUGAACAACACUCUGAAGGAUUUGGACAAAGCAUCGAAAAAAGGCAGACUGAUCAGUUUUUUAGCAUUGUUGAACACGUAUGUUGAUGGAUCCUACAUGUCACUCUCUUUAUGCAAGGAGUUAGUCGGCAUACAAUCUGAGUUUUGGAAGAAGGAAACACUUGAAAAUGAAAUGAAUCCCUACUUCACUUUGCUUAUCAACUUCACUGUUGAAGAGCAUGGUACCUACAAGGCAGUCCGAUUCUUACACUGGAUGAUUGCGAGAAGCUGCCUUGACCACUUUACUCAGGAACACACACUUUCUCAUGGUGAGAUCAUUAUUGACAUGUUGCAUUGUGACCUUCUUUACAAAACCAUGAUGGGAAAAGAUUUACUUGUCCAAAACAUCCAAAGUAUGCUACUCAAAAGGAACAGGAAAGAAGAGGGAGAUGACAAAGAUACGCUGUUUUCCCCUUUAAUUGAGCAUAUAUAUAAGGAUGAGAUAACGGACAAAGUCAAGGAAGUCUUAGAAAGGGCAACUUUAAGAUUUGAAAAAAGUGCAACAUUGCCACAAGCACUAGCAAGACAUUUCUACCUUAAAGCCAAAGACUUCACGUUGUCCCUACAGUGGGCAAAGGAUGCACUUUCAAAAAAAUCGAACUCCUACAUUGCAGAUACACUUGGCCAAGUGUACAAGAGUCAACUGAAAGAAGAAAGCAGCCACCUUGAAGACCUUAGCCCGGAGGUCCUUGACAAGUCUCUUAAAUUAGCAUCCAAAGCUAUAGAUGCUUUCAGGCACUCACAGGACCUAGCUGAGCGGGAGGAGACAGUUGAGCGGGAGGAGUCAGUUGACCCAAAUGAUCCGCUUUACAGAAAAAGGCAACGGACCUACAAUAUGUCAGGCUACAAUGGAGAGUCAGAAGUCAUUCUGAACGUUCUUCAGGUCAUUCAAGGUUUGCCUCUUUCUACCAUCAGUGAAAGACACAAAAAAGAUGUCAUCCUACAAAUGCUCAAAGGGAACUUACAAAUGAGCAGCUUUCAAAACAGUGAAACAAAUGCUAACUUCAUAGCUGUCCUAAGAGAUCAUGAUAAGUUUUUGGUAUCUCUGCAGCCAAGGCUAAAGGCCAUUUUCUGUGUGUUUGAGGAGUACUUUACAUACAUGAAACCUAGGUCGAUGGAGAGGGAGUCAUUGGAUUCUAGAAACAAAUCAAAGGUGUUCGAGUGCUUUAGAAAGUACAUCCAGAUAUUCUGUCCGUCAUCGGAGGAGAAAAGAAAGGAAAAAUCCAGUAAACCCAAAAUAAGUCUAGGCCAGGAGGUAGUGGAUCAGAGACUUUACCUAGAAUCUAAACGUGCUGACACUUUUGCUGGAAUCCUGCAGAUAUUGUACGACAAGAAUGGGAUUGAAAUGGAGAAAAUUCUUGAAAAAUGGCAGUUUAUAUUUUAUAAUGAGGAAUGUAAGUCAUCAACAUCAGACAUGGUCAAUUUCAUACUGGCAAACAUCGUCCUUCACAAUAUCAAACCAACUUCAAAACUGCUGAAAAAACAUGAGGAAUUGGUCUACCAUGUCAAAAAAGCACUGCAAAUCGAAGGGACCAAUUCAAAUCGUACAGAGUUGUACUACCUACCCAUGCUGCUCAUGUGGCCCACGAGAGGCAGCACCCCUUUCGACCUAGCUACAUACCAGAACAUCAGUGCCUAUGUGACAUCAGCUAAGAGAUCUUAUCAGCGGCGCUUUUCCCAUAUGAUGCAAGCAAGAAGUGCCAUUGCUCACUUCUUCCUUGGGAAGUCCACUGGACUAAAACAAAUAGUUUCUAAACGGAAACUUGAUGAAAUUGUCACUUCAAAGCAACAUCCCCCUCUCAGUGGCAAAACAUGCAAAGCCCAUUAUCUCUGGCAAUCUGGUGUUGUAUGGAAAGACCCUGACGUCCAAAAGAUGCUGCUCCGCGUUAAAGGUAAAUCUGAAAGCCGUGGCAUUUACGUUCAUUAUCCCGGCAACGUUAAAAUACCAGUGCGUCCAGUUUACCUCGGAGAUAUUCGCAGUGGUGGCAGCCAGGAGAUAGUAUCUUUCUACCUUGGAUUCAGCAUGGAGGGACCUGUGGCCUAUGAUAUCAAGUAUGAAAAUGACCCAUAAGCAUAAAUAGGUCAGCAAAUAACCCAACCCCACAUUGCCGGUGGACCUUCAUCUCUUAGACAUGACUAAGCUACUGAUAUCCGAUGUAUACAUUAUGCACAAUGGAUAUGACAUUAUGCCCACAAAAUGCAAUGAUCUAUCUGCAUAUCUGCAUCUGAGUGUGUGGAGAAUAAAUAAACGUUUUGAUUCGCAUGCUGGCCUCAUCAUGUAUAAAAUGUUAUCAGAAGGGCAUUGUUCUUUUGUCAUUGUAAAUGUAUAAAAAAAAAAAAUUGAGGCGUCUUUUAUGUACUCAAUUAGAACUUGGUUUGUGUUAUGUGGAACAAUUAUUACAUACUGAUGCAUGCAUUAAUGAAUUACUGAAUAUAUGACUUAUUGUCUUUUUCUAUUCACUUCAUAGAAAUGUAUAUUAAAAACUGUUUUUCUUAACAUUGCCCUGUAGAGGUUUGUUCAUAACAUGACAUGACUUGUAAAACAAUUCAGCCUUGUAAAUAUUUUUUUAUUUUAUUUUAGUCACUAUUGUGCCUACUAUGGAAUAUACUGGAAUAUACUUACUGAUGUAUUUUUCCUUAAAGAAUUGUUUCAAUUUUAUGUUUUCCUAAUAUACAAUUAAUUCAUGUGUUUUUUUCCAUUGCGAUGAUGAGACAUGUACAAACCAUCAUAAAAGUAUAAAUGAA